CGUCAUCAGACUCACAGUGCGAGUCUCGGCGUAGGUAACUCUCGCCGAAAACCAGCAGUUUGUCAAUUUUUUUUCUGAUAGUGGUUUGUGUCUUAUUGGUAUGGACGGCAGUGAAAUUGCAGAUAAAAAUCUAAAUGCCAAUUAAAUGCAUAGCAAGAUAUGAAAACAUUAAAAGCGACCACGGCCAGGAUUUUAUUAUUAUGUCUGAUAUUCAUAGAGCAGAAUGUCGCCGAGCCUGCUGCUCGUCACAACGUGGCCCAUCACCAGGACACAGCGAGGAGGCACCACGCUCCAAGUGGUACACAGGCCCCACACAAGCUCGCACCAUCAUCCUCAAAGGUCUACUGCAUCUCUGCCGAUAGCAACAUUUACGAAAUACUGCACAAAGCAAGCGCAUAUUGCAGAGGUAACGACUUCAAAUGCACUUUCUACCAUUAUUCCGACCACAAAUACCAUAAUUUAGGCACCAUAGAUGUUAAUAGAGAACUAUUCGAUAAAUUACUGGCAAAAUAUGAGAAUUGGUUGAUGACUUCUGAACCUAUUGAUGAAAUAAAUGGCAGAGAUUCGAAUCACAAAGUGAGGUUAAAAGGAUCCGGUAAUAAACUUUAUUCUACUUAUAUAAUUGAUGAUAAAACACCAGAGAAAGCCAAUAGAAAUGUUUAUGAUAACAAUUUUAUCCAAGAUACAACUAAAUUGGAUACACAUUACAGAAGACAUAAAGCUAAACUUACAGGUGAUCAAAAAACUCGAUAUAUAAAUGGAGAACGCGUAUCAGUAGACCCUAAAUUCAAUAAACAACAGAAAUACUACGAAGUAUUUCUACCAAAAGAUAAACAUAGAGGGGAUCCAAGAACUAUCUACGUAGAUAUCGACGGUGACAAAGAAAAUGACAAAGAGCUUAAUAAUGACUUGAAUGAUAAACCAAUCAAAGUUCAAUUGAAUGAAUAUUCAAGUAAUGAUAAAGGAAAGUUUGUUAUUCAUGACAAACAUAAUAAAAAAGACGUUUAUCGUCAACAUAGUGACAACAGAAUUGCAAGAACAGAAGACAUUGAAGAAACAAAUAAAUAUCAGUCUAAAGUACCUGAUAUAAAACUAGGUGAUAAUGAUAAAAUGCUAUCAGAUGUAAAUGAUACAGAUGAUGAAAAUUUAGAUGAUGAUGAUAAAUUACAUAGAAUACAUCUAGUAGAAACAAAUAAGCAUCACAACGAUUUAAGUGCCGAUAAUUUUACAUAUAAAAGAACGAAUACUGUACAGCUAAACGAGCCUGUAUUUCAUGUUGAAAAUCCGCGUAAUAGAAAUAAUAUGCAUAUAUUUUCUCUACCUGAUUACACUGGUCAUCAUUCAGAUAUCAUUUCGGAUUACACCGGUUAUAAAGAUAUACAUCUUUUACCAAAUCUACCUGAUGAUGAAGAGGUCCCAAGUUUACUCUCGAACUAUGACAUAUCAUUGUCAGAUGCUACUGAAAAAGAAUCACCAAUAACUUUGUAUACAAAUCGAAAUUUACAAACUGCAAACGAUAAUUUACUUCCAGGUCAUAUAAAUUAUUAUUCUCCAAAAGUAACUCAUGGUACUCCAUUUUCUUCUCAAAGUGGAUCUUCUCCAAUUGUAUCAUCUUCUUCAGAAACUGCUGCUAUACCUAAAUAUUCACCAUUUGAUAUUGCUUUAAGGUCUUCACCUUACUCACUAGGUCCAGAGACUCUAACACCAUGUGACUUAAAAACUUUAUCACAAGGUACUAUUUCUUCUUCACCACCUACAGUCUCAUCAAAUGAAGAAAAAUAUAAAAUUAAUUUAUUAUCUUCACCUUUUGAGGCAACUAAGUCUUUUGCAGAUUCACAUUUAUUCAAAAAAUUAACCCCAGUUAAUCCUGAAACUACUUAUUUCAGUCAACCAUCUGAUGUUACAAUGCCUAUAGAUGCUACUUCAUUUUUGAAUAAUUUACCAAAAUCUUUUGAAAGUGUUGCUUCAUAUUCACCAACAACUACAAUGCCUUCGCCACUAAAUUCUAAAUUAGGACCAGAAAUAUGUCAGUUUCCACAAAUGCCUUAUACAAGUCCAUAUUCACAAUUUUCUCCCCCUAACAUGAAUUUAGGAUUACUUAACCAAUUGCAGCAAAACAAUAAUUUUGCCAAACCCAUGUUCAAUCAAAAUAAUAUGUUUUCACAGCCAUCGCGUGAUAUAUUUGAUAUUAAGAUUAAUCCGUUUAUAACCAGACCUCAAUUUUCAUAUUCAUAUGCUGAACCUAUUAAUCCGAUGGCUUCUUAUCCGAGCCCUGGAUCAGUAAUAAAUUCUUCACCAUCUGCAUAUACUAAUUCUAUCUUAAAUGGAAACCGAAUACCAGGAACUGUAUCAAAUUCAUUUCUACCUCUUUCACCUGUCAAUCAAAUGUCACCUUUAAGUCUUAGGCAGGAAAGACCAAAUUACUAUUCACCGCCUUGUCCAAGACCAGUCGGUACAUCUCCGUAUAAUAAUGUUUCACCAUUGAAUUUAGAAAACUAUCAAAUUGCUGACAAUUUGGCUCUAAAUGCUAACCUUAAAGUUCAAGACUCUUUUUCUCCUUUACAAAAUACACCGUUAUCAGUUAUAGAUCAUCCAUAUAGAACUACUCCAUCGAACUAUAUUAGACCAACUCAGGCGAACAUAUUUUCAUCAUCAACACCCAAUCAAGAUAAACCAAUCAUAUUUAAUGCUUUAGAAAAUCCACUUUUAGAAUCACAGGACGAAACAUCAUUUUAUUCAGAACUUGCUCAUAUAACUAAAAAACCUUGUCUAAACCUUCAAAAUGAACCGUUAGUCACUUUUGAUGCUUCUCUAUUAGGAGAUCAUUCAUUUGAACUAAAUCCUACUAAACCUACUAAACCUAUAGUUUCUAAUACAUAUGUCAAUAUAAGUGAUGGCUCUAUUGGUUCAGAACUUAAUAAAUUAACACAUUUAGAUUGUUCACUUGUAAACCCUGAUUCUGAUACAAUUCAUAUCCAAUUAAACACUACUAUUAAUUUGAAUCAAGAACCACAACCUAAAGAUGAAUUUAAUUUAAGUGAAGAUUCUAACUUAAUACUAGAUAGUAGUUCGACAGAACUAAAUGUAGAUACAGCUCCAUGUACUGCCGUAGAUAAUAAUAAACCUUCUAUAAACGUCACUGCAACUAUAAACAUUAAAUCUGAACAAGCACUAAAUGAUGGAGCAGGAAUUUCUGAAUUCGAUAGUUCAUUAAUAGGUACAGAUUUACCAAUACCAUCAGAUGAUUCAGUCGUUACUAAAGUUGAUACUGUAAAUUUGACCGAAGACUCAAGCUUAACAGCCUUUAUUCCAUUAGAACAGUCUGAUAAGAAUGCUGAAAGAGAAUUGAAUCAAACUGUAAACAUAAAACAAGAAUCAAACCAAACAGAUGUUGAAUACUCCGUUACAGAUGAACCAAUAACAAUUUUGCCUUCAGACUUAACUGAAAAAGAAUUAAAAGUAGACAUUGGUACCGCUGGUCCACAACCUUUGGAUUCAACUCUUAUAGAUUUAGAAUCAGAUAAUAUCACAGAAAGUGUGGCUCAAGAAUUAGAAACUGUAGACGGCAUUCCUAAUGUUAAUGUAACAGUAUGUGAACCCGAUAUAAACUUAUCAGUACAAACAAAUAUCGACCUUAAACCUGAAGCUGAAAAUCCACAAUUGCUUGAAAAACCUACUGGGUCAACAAUAAAUAUAACAAUAAAUACUUCGGUUGACAUUGCUGAUAAUAAUCUCGAUGUUUUAGAACCUGAACUAGUAGAAACCAAACCAAAUGAAAAAUCUAUUACUACAAACAAAGAAACGGAAUUCGUCGCUCUUGAUGCAACACACACAAAAGAUAAAGAUACUAUAAACGAAUUUGAAGCUGGAGAGUUUAUACCAGCUUUUACUAGUGGAAUGAAUAUACCUACUGAAGAUAUAACGGCAGAAAUAUUACCUAAUAAUAAACUAAAUAGCUCUUUAGUAGGACCCACUCUGGAUGAACUAAAAGAAGAACCAGGAAUAGCUUCUACUGAAUUGGAUUUUACUGCUGAUUUGACAGGUCCCACAAUAUUUGAUAUAAAUGAAACAUUGAACGAUGUGCCUUCAAAAGUUGUUGAGCUUGAUAGUUCAUUGAUAAAACCAAUUUCAGGAAAAACAACUAUACCUCCUUGUAUAGAGCCAUUAGAAGUUUCAGGACAAUCAGAUAUUGAGAAUCUACAGCAUUCAGGUGCUAUAAAGGAAAGUGAUAUAUUAUUGUCUUCUAAUCCUUUAACAUUUGAAAAUUCUUUGAUUGGUCCAUCCUUAAUAAAUGACACGACUGGACUUGAAACGACACCGUCAGAAAAGUUCCAAGAAAUAUUACCUACUUCAGAAUCACCGACUAUCAACUUUGAAAGUAAUUUAUUAGGCCCAAGUUUGCUUCCACAUAACAACAUAAAAGACUCAUUUGAAAAUAUAGAAAGUUCUUUAGUUGGCCCUGGUUUAGAACAGGUUAUAAAUGCCCCAGAAGAGGUCAGUAAAACAGAUACUAAACUUAAUUUCAGUAGCAACUUAAUUGGACCAAAUCUUAUUAUAGAUGCAAACAAACCAGACUUGCUCCGUAAAUUAGAAGCUGGUACAAAAAUUGAUGAUGGUAAACCAGGUCCAACAAUAGUAGAUGGGAAACCUUUGGUUGAAGAAUCAGUACCGUAUUCAGAAUAUCAACUUGAUGCCUCAUUAAUAGGACCAGAUUUAAAUAUAAAAGCUGAAACAAAUGAAGUGAAACCAAAGUUUGAUCAAACAAACUCAGUAACAUUAGAUUCAUCUCUGAUAGAUAAUCUUAUUGAUACAGAAAAGAGUAUUAAUGGACCAAACGGUCCUUCAAUUGUAUCUUCUGCAAACAUUUUAUCAUCUGACUUAAAAAGAGAAGGAUUACCUUUGGAAGCUGAUAUUUCAGUAAUUUGUCCUAAUCCAGCAGUUAAACCUACGUAUGAAGAACUACCAAGUCUCCCACCUUUUGCACCUAAAAUAUCAUUUACUCAUGAUUUGAUUGGUCCUGGUCUGUCUAAACUACACCCUGGCACUUCAUUACCAAAUCCCUAUAUUACACAAGCAGGUACUCCUAUAGUAUCAAACGGUUUCCUUGAAGAAUUAAAACCUACUACAUAUUUAAAACUACCAGAUCUAUACCUUCCAGCUACGCCUUUUAAAAAUGCACCUCAGCAUUCAUUACCAUGCGAAAACUUCUUUACAUCAUCACCUUUGACAAGUUCUUUAUUAAAUAACGGAUUACCAGCAUCUGUUUUGAAUCUUCCUUCCAAUAUACUAUCUGAUCAUCAAUCUCCGUUAUAUGCUAAUACCAUUCCUUUCUCUCCUUUCUCGCCAUUUUCAAAAUAUUCUCCACUGCAUAACCUUCCUCAUACACCUUUCUCCAAUCCCUAUCUGAAACCUGAAUAUCUACAAUCUGUUAAAAACCCUCUGGUUUUGAAUGCUUUAUUAAAUAAUCCACAUUUGAAAGAUGCCAUAACUUACUAUUCACCUAUCCAGCCUCCCGAGCCUUUAUCACAAAUUGGUUUACCACGCCUACCCAAUUUCCAGGAUCUACCUAAUCAAUAUUUGCAAGCACUAAAUGGCAUACCUUUUAAUUUCCAACCGUUAAAAUCUACUAUUCCAUUCGCACCUCAAACAAAAACUCCGCUAUCUUCAACUGAAAUCAAUUGGCAAGAAGUAGAGAGUCUUCCAGUGGAAGUUCAAAAUACACCUGUUAAACCAACGUUUAAACCAAUCAAAAAUCAAGUACCAAUUCCUAAGACUUACUCGCCUUUACAAAUAAAAGAAUCUGAUAAUUUAUUUGACUUAAAUCAUCAAAACUAUCACAUGAUUGAAUCGGAGUUAGAUAAAUUCAUUCAAGAAGCUAAACAUGAUAAUAAACUUGGAAAUUAUGAAACUUUUGAAGAAGCGUCUAUACCGCCAUGUGAAACAGUUAAAUACUUACUUGAGGAUAAUGUAGAAAAAUAUAUUGCUGAAGCUACUACGUUUGUAGAACCAUUGAAUGUAGCUAAAGAACAACUCAAUCUUAAGGAAACAGACUUUAUAAAACUAGAGCCAGAAUUACAUAUUGUUGAUGCAAUAGAUUUACCAACAAAUCCUCCGCCAAAAUAUAAGCCAAAAGUAGAAGAACAAGUCUUCUAUGACCCAUUAAAAGAAGCUGAUAUUUGCAAAGACUAUCAAUUGCUUGAGACACCAGUUAACACUCCGAUGAUGAAACCUAGUGUAGCUCAGAAGAUUCCAAAAUUAUCAUAUACAGAUCAAUUUUAUCCGUAUGAAAUGUUACCAGAACCUUUGGCUUUGCCUGUUAAACCUAGUUCAAGUCCAGCGUCUUAUGCUAAGCCUCAGAUAUCACCAUUAUUAUCACCUCCAUGUUUACAAGAAUAUACAAGUGUACCUGCUUCUGAAAAUCUACCAACUUCUAACCUUCGACCAAUGCCAACUCCUGUACCUUCGAGACCAUCUAAGACAUAUGGUAGUCCAUAUUUACCAGAAUAUUCAAGUCCUUCAUACAUUGAUACCUAUAACAUGCCUAUAGAAUCUCUGAAACCAGGUGUUCCUUGUAAACCUUCUCAACCUUAUACCAGUCCUUAUUUACCUACCCAUUCAAAUGCACCAUUAUUUGAAACUGGUGUACCUAUAGAAACUCCCAAUUUACCUGUAUUAGCUUUGUCAAAAGAGUUACCAAUAUUACCCGCACCUUUGAAGCCAUUAUCUUCUACUCCACUAAAUCCUACUGAAUUUAUGUCUCCAUCUUACUACAGUCCUUCUUCUACAGCAUAUACUGAUUCUCCUUUUAUCAACCCUGCUAAUAUAUUAACUGAACCUCCAAGUUUUUCAUCAGCUACAUCAGGUUUGCCAUGUUUUAGACCUUUGCCAGAAACAAAUCCAAUAUUUAGAGAAUUAAUGGCAAAUCGUCAGUUUAUGAAAGCUAUGAAUUUACAGCCCAUAGCAAAUAAUAUAUUUCCAUGGAACAACGCUAAUAUAAAGCCAAACCCAUUUAUGUUACAAACACCAAAUUAUCUACCGUAUGAAGCCAUACCAAUAAAUAUUGAGAAUUUAAAGAAAAAUAAACUCUUUAGCACUGCAAUAGAAUCGAAUUUGCAAAAACUAAAGGAUGCACCUGCUGAAAUAUGGACCGCGUAUGAUGAAACUAAUAGUUACGCAUAUACCAAUGACAGUGGUACAAAAAUACACGAAAAUAUAGUACCAGAAAGUCAUUUACAAACUGUACCAUAUACUUUAGAUUCAAAAGAAUAUCCUAAACUUGUGGUAAAAGAAGAUGUGACUUCAAGCCCAAUAGAAACACUAAGUUUUGGAACAGAACUUUCAAAACCAAAACCAGUCACUCAAAGUUUACCAAUAAAAAUAAACAGUUCAAAGAAAAAUGAACUUUCUGCCCCUAUAUUAGAGUUGAAUUCACAAAAACUAGAAACAGCUUCUUCUGAAAUAUGGACAAGUUACGACGAAAAAAGUAAUUACAACACCAACGAUAGUGGUACAAAAAUACAUGAAGAUAUUGUACCAGAAAGACAUUUAGAAACUGUACCAUAUAGUUUAGAAACGGAAGAAAAUCUUGAAGUUUAUAAGACUCCUAUAAGUAAUUAUGCUACAGAAUCAAAAUUAAAUCAUGGACGUCCGGUAUCUUAUAGUCAAGUAAAAGAACCUGAAUAUUAUCAACCUAUUCUUGAAGUUCCUCAAGCAUCAAAUAUGGAAUGGCUACCAUUAUCUAAUACAGAUUAUUCUCCAAUUUCUCCACCAGGCUCACCUAGACCAUGCUCAAAAUCACCACCUUUCAUACCUUCGUUUAAUCAAAGUCCAUAUCUUCAAGCGUUACCUCACUUCCCAUCAUUUUUACAAACUACUUUGCAAGGUUCUCCAUAUAAAAAUAAACUAGACUCUCUUCCAUACUCAUCUUCUCCGUAUUAUCCAGCUACUGUAGAAGAAUAUUCAGAAAUACCUACUACAGCACCAUUUAGAAAUUACACUCCAUUAUUACCUUUUAAUUCAAAUGUAUUAGAAAACUUAGUGCCUUUUGAAGGUACGCCAUAUUUACCAUCAGCUGUUUCUUCACCAUAUACCAGGUUACCUUCACCAGCUAGUUAUUUACCAUCAUAUCAAUCUAAUAUGACUCCAUUGCCUGGUCUUCAAUUGUCACCACCGACCGCAGAACAGUUGAGAUUUGUAUCCCCCAUCACAGAAAGUCCAUCUCCAAUAGAGUAUACGCCUGUUCAAUCACCUAUUAACGCUUUACCUUUAAAAUCAAUGACACCAAUUCCUUGUCCAAGCACUACUUCUGCAUUGCCAAUACAAAAUGUUCUGCCUUCACAAGAAGCUGCAGUUUCAUAUGAAUCUUAUGAGCAACCUGGACCUAGUUCCGCACCAAAAUAUCAAAACAUCAUUGAGCAUCUACCAACACCUGUACCACUGAAGGAGUCGCCAGUUUUCUUUGAACCAGCUUCAUCUCCUAGACUUGUCAAAUCUCCAAACAUUAUUGAAAGUUUACCUUUCACUAUGUCUCCGUCUUCUGAGGAUAUUAGAAGACCUGCAUCAGAUAACUUAUCACCUAUUAACUAUGCAUCUUAUACCUCACCUAUAGAGGAAUACUUAGAAGCUUCUCCGUCGUUGCCAUGUAGACCUUUGAUAAAACCAAGUUCCCCUCAACCUAAGCCUCAUUUACCAGUAGACGAAUAUACUAUUCUCCCAUCGUCAUCUGACACUCAACCUCUUGAAACAUACAGUUCUUAUCAAACAGAACCUUACAGUCAAGAUAUUUUGAAACCACAUCCUAAAUCAAGACCAGACCUAGCUAAAUAUUUACCUGUAGAUGUCAGUCCUUGUCAAAUAAUAGAACAACUUUAUGCACCUGUAAAUAAAGUUCAAACUCCUUCUAACUUUGAAUACAUUUCAGAAUCAUCUCCGUUAUUAAAACAAUUGUUAGCUCCACCUUUUACAGGUUACAAUUCUUUACCAUUUGCUACUAAUGUGAAGCUUCCUUAUUUAUCUCCAACUUAUAUGCCUUUAGAUAUGAUAAAUACAUUACCACCCGCACUUAUAAAUCCAUUUAUAAAAUCAGAAGUUAACGAUAUACGAUCACCGUUAUCUGUUCCAACUAAUAUAAUUACUUCUACACCUAAAGAAAGUAAUACAGUAUCGGAUAUUUCAAGCCUUGAUAAUUAUGAAGAAUAUAUUGAACCCUGUCCUUUACCUAAACCAUUACAAUCAUCAUCUUUAAUCAAACCUUUAAUGAUACCAAUUAAAGCUUUGCCUGAAUUAAUGAAAGAAGAAAUACCAAUUGAAUUUGAAAAUGUUUUUGCUUCAAGUGCCGAUAUUCCACAGUAUAUAUCGCCAACUAAUUCACUACUAAAACAGUUAAUUGGUAAUGCUUAUAAUUCACCAUUCUUUGUACCACAAAAUAAUGAACAUAAACCUUCAGAAAUUGAUAACGCAAAACUAUCAACACAUGAACCAAUUAUUUGUAAUAUAGAUGAAACUUUAAGUCCUAAUGCACCAAUCCUAUCUGAAUUACCAGAUAUUAAACCUUGUGCUAUAAAAGCUCCCUUGUUUGACCAAUACCAAUCUCAUUCUACUGAAAAAAUAUCACCAAUUACUAUGACUCCUUUAUCGACCACCAAAUCACCAUUAUUUACUUCAUCUUACCAAGAAAUAUGUCCAGUAGAAUUGGCAGAAACUUUGCACCCAUCAACUGUUAAACCUUCAUCGAUCUUUACUCCUCCACACAGACCUUCAAAAAUCAACCCUAUUUCCAUGCAAUACGGUCCUAAAUCUAUUGUAGAAUAUAUGCCUGAUAUCAAUAAUAUAUGCCCAAGUGAAAUACCAUCGUAUACGGAACCAGCUUUGGUAGACUCCACACAAUAUGCUCCUAAGACUAAAAAUGUUAAACAAAUACAAUUAGAUGGUUUUCCUAUUUCAGAAUUAUUUGCUAAAGCUCCUAAAAUCUUACCUAAUAAUCCUCUUUCGAAAAUCGAAAUUCCCAAAAUAUCUGAAUAUCAGAAUUUACCAAAAGACUCUUCGGAUUGGGUAUUACUAAAUAAUGACAAUAUGGCUGAUGAAACAAAUGCUAAAUUAACUCCGUGCGAGUAUACCGAAACAACUGAAAAUCCAGCAGAAGCAGAGUACUUAAAACUAGCAAAAUUAUUAGAAUCAAAAACACCUAAAACUGAAUUUGAAAAAUAUUCAGAACUAAUAGAAGAAAAUCAAUAUGAAGAGUUACCUACAAACCUUCUAGAUUUCAAUGUAUGUAAAAACAUAUAUAAACCUGAAAAUAUCGGUAUUAAUUUACAUUUACCUCAAAAACCACAAAAUUCAGCUACGUUUGACAAUUUCUAUGCUAACAACCAUAUAGGAGCGAGUCCAUUAAUUUGUCUGAUAGAUCCGAGGCGGGAAUCAAAACCUAUAAAAUCUUUAAUUGAUGCUAAACUGCCUUAUAAUGAGAUAAACCCAGAUAUAACAUAUCUUGAUGAAAACCCAAGCGGUAAUAUUGAAUUAGCUACUGAUUCAGACUAUAAUUUCAUUACGCCAAGUGAAAAUUUGCGUUCAAUACCUGUUUCUUUAACUGAAGUAAAUCCAAUCUCUUUAGAUACAAAAUAUUUAGACAAACCUACUUUCAAAUCUCCACAAAUGAAAUAUCACCCUAAUCCAGUAGAAUAUCUUCCUGAAAAUCAAUAUUAUUAUCCUCCAAAAGAUAAUAUAGACGAUAUAAAGUAUUCUGGAUACAAAACUUAUCAGUUACCCACUCAAAAAUUAGCUGAAAAGUCUUCUAAUAUACCUUUAGAAACUUACUAUCCUGCUGUACCUUUAAGUACACCAAAACCAUCUAUUCCAUAUUCUUAUAUACCUACAAUAAGUCCUGAAACUUACAUACCUGAAUAUGAAACUCUAGAAUCACAUAUACAACCAAAAUCAGACCUUAAAGUGCAGCCACAGAGUCCAAUUUACAAUAACUAUUAUCCUACAAAUGAAGUUACUGUUAAGAAAGAUAAUUUUGAUGGAAACAAUGAAAUUAAGAACUGUAUAAUAAACUAUAUUAAUAGCAAAGGCUUAAAAGAUAAACUAUACACUAAUAAUGAAGAAAUAACGAUACCUAUAGGUGAUAUUGCUAUAACAAAGAAAGAACCACAUACGGCUAAAGUUUUACCCACAAGCAAUCCAUCAAUAGGUCUAAAAGUUUGGCAAUCUAACGUGAAAUUAGUUAAAGCAGAACUUAAAUUUAAAACAAAUGAAGUAUCAGUGUAUAACUUUAUGCCUAUACUAAAUAAUUUGAAUGAAUAUGACAUACAAGAGAUACGGAAAAUAAUAAAGAAAUAUAUUGAUGAUAAAUAUGGAAAUCAUAUAGAGGUGAAUGAACCUUAUACGAUUGAUAAUCAGUAUACAGUUAUAAAAGAUUUGAAUCGUAAUGAAAAUGAUAAAUAUAAUUUGCUCUGGCCCACUUAUUAUGUUUGAAGAAAUAAACUUAAUAACGUUUGUAAUUUUUAAAAUAAAACUGCUGAUCUAAUCCUUUCAUGAUUUUAGCGUACUAUAAAAAAUCCGGCCAAGUGCGAUUCGGACUCGCGCACGAAGAGUUCCGUACCAGAGCAAAAAUGAGCAAAAAAGCAAUAGGGUCCCGUGUUACCCUUGGAGUACGGAACCCUAAAAAUCACGUUUGCUAUAUGGAAGCCCCCCAAAAUAUCUGUUUUAUACUAGUUUUCAGUAGUAUUUUUUGUUAAAGCGGCAACAGAAAUACAUCAUCUGUGAAAAUUUCAACUCUCUAUCUACCACGGUUCAUGAGAUACAGCCUGGUGACAGACGGAAGGACGGACGGACGGAUAGAGGAGCGAAAACAAUAGGGUCCCGUUUUACCUUUGGGUACGGAACCUUAAAAAACUUAAUUAUUUUAAAAUAGUUUCAUGUGUAUGCUCUUAACCGUUGAAGAGUUCUCUCAAGAGAAGACACUCCUGGCUCCAUAUGAAAUGGUCUGUCAUCAGAAUUGAAUAUCGAUGUUCUCUUAAGCGGUUCAAAAAACCCUUCUAAGAUUGGUCUCCGAGCGACCAUUUUGUCAUGACGAGUUCCUCCGUGUUUCGGAAGGCACGUUAAAUUAGUUAGCCCGGGGUGUCAUUUCAACAUUGACCAUUUUUAUUUAUUUAUUUAUUUAUUUAUUUAUUCGACUUACACGGCUUUAGCAGCCAAUUACAUAAAUCGUAAACUUAAAUUUAAAAUGAAAAAAAAAAGAACUUAAAAAUACAGUUGUAAAGAAAGAAUUUUUGACUAUUUUGUGACAAAAGGAUUUUAGAAGCGUAUAGCAGUUAUCUCAGAACGCGGGUGAAACCGCGGGACACAGCUAGUUAGCAACCAAAAUACAAAGAUUGUAAUUUGCAUCUCCCUUCGAGAUUUUAUCAAAAUUUGUACGCUAUGUCGCGAGUCGACAGCUAGCAUGUGUUUGCGCGGCGGUUGCAGUGUCGCGGACAUGUUAGUAAUGUUCGCGCGCAAUGUGUUACUGUUUGCUACAGCGAGUACACCGCGAGAUACAUGCGGUGUGACAAACAGUGCCGCACCAAGGGGGAAUAUCGCCUAUGAUAACACAAAAUAAUAACUACCACCGAUUAAAAAAAAUACUAAAAAAAUACAAAAAAAUAUAUAAAAGUUAGAAAUAAAAAGUGUAAUCAAAACAUAGGUUUAAUUUUAAGUAUUUAGACAUUAUAAUUAUAGUAGAAAAUGUAAAAUUAUUCUUAUUUAUUAAGUCUAACAGCCAGUUUCUUCAUCAAAAGUUAAAGCCAAAGUAAAAGUCAAAGUAAUGUCUCAAGUAAAAGUAACGGUUAAAUUCAAUUUUUCUAUGAAUUUUGCUGUCACUUUAGCCUUGAAAAAACGAAUUUGACCGUUACUUUUACUUUAGACAUUACUUUAACUUUAACUUUUGAUGAAGAAACUGGCCGUCAGUUGCACCAUUUAACUAUAACGAUAACCAAACCAUAACCAGCCGUAUACUUGCCGCCCAUUGGUCACGUCGACGAUUUGACAACUGAAAAUGGUUCGGUUAUCGUUAUAGUUAAAUGGUGCAA